AUGGCAUCCAGUUUGGUGGAGCACGAUGGCAACCUUUCGACCGCGCACGAGGCGUAUUUUCGCCAGCAGCCACAUAAGCAAGAGGGUGACUGCCAAAAGACCUCAGGUGAAGUGUAUUUUCCGUUUAUGUCGGGGCACCAGCACCAGCAACAACAGCAACCACCCCAGCUGUUUCGUGCAAAUGGGGCGAAACGUGUCAUUGGGCGCUCGCGAUUGAUUUGCUGCUGUGUUCUUUCUCGUGAUGGGGUUAAUAGUAUCUGCAUCAUUGUGAUCCUGCUGGCGGGAGUCGCUGUCUUUAUGUUUGGUGUCGUCCCACGUGGGGAAGUUUACUCGUACGUCGUUGUUUCUGUCCUCACUGCAGCCGCCAUCGCCUGCUUAGUUAUGUCUGUGGCGGUGGACCCUGGUAUCUUGCUGCCGCUCCCCCCCGAUCCGACCCGGCAGCCUGAGACCGUCAUUGUGAAUGGAAAGGAGGUGCUUUGCAAAGUUUGCCCUACCUGUCACAUUCUGCGCCCCCCGCGAAGCACCCACUGCCAGUUUUGCGACUAUUGUGUGGAGGAAUUCGAUCAUCACUGCGGGGUGGUGGGGAGCUGCGUCGCCAAACGAACCUUUCGGUUCUUUGGGGGAUUUUUUGUUUUCACGGCCUUUCUCACCCUCUACAUUGGUAUUCGCACUCUCGUUGUUCUUAGUACCUGCAAUUGCGACUGGGCUGCUGGACAGGGGCGCUGGGAGCUAGGAGCCGCCGUCCUGUCAAUGAUCGCCUCUGGCGUGGGUAGCUGCACUGUGAUACCGUUUGCAUUUUACUACAUUUAUCUUGGCUGCAUGAACUCCACGCAGAAAGAAGCCGCCCGCUUCUCCCUUGGGUUUUGUGAGGUUAACCAUGAUUACCAUCAAGGGUGCUGGCGCAACUUUUUUGGCCGUUAUUUUGGUCCUCUCGGAAAGAGCCGUAUUACGGCGGAAAACGCAAACCUUUACGUAUAG